GUCUACUAAUUUCCAUAUUAAGAAAGCAGUUGAGCCGGUUGGUCUUUUAAUGCCAUAUGUCUCUAUAUAGAUAUCUUGGAGUUUCUCUAAAGUGUGUUAGAAACAUUUAGAGUUAGAAGUGAGCAGCAUUUCAUUCACUGAUAAUACGGGUUAUAUUUCAUGUAGAUGUUAGUGCUUUUUUUUUCUCUUUUGUUGUUUAAGUUGAACCACUUGUCUCUUCGCAUGUGUCGUGACGUUGUUUACUAUUGUUGCUGAUAUUUACUUUUAGCUGUUAAUCGUGUCAUGAAUUUUUCAACAAAUUAAAUCAUUUCGAAAAAAUUUGUAUUCUUUUAAAUCAUUCUGUUUUUCAAUAUUAACAAAGCAAAUAAUUGUUACUAAAUGCAAAUAAAUAGUUUGUCGGUGAUCUGUAAUUUGAUGAGAUGAAGCUGAUGACGAUGCUCAUGAUGAUAACGAUUAUGAGUAUAAUGAUUCAGCUAAGUGUUCAUUGGCUUUCAUAAUGGCAGGUAGUGGCCCAAAUAAGGAAGAAUUUCAAGCGCUGCACAAUGACGAAACAAAAGCGCGUAUUGCAUCAAAUUUAAAUCAUCCAUAUGAACCUAAGCCGUUAGGUGAGCAAUCACGAGCCUUAAACCGUCAAACAAUUAUGGUUAUUAUCGGUAAUUUGGGCGUUAUGUCUAUCGGUAUGGGUCUUGGUUUGCCAACAGUAACACAGAGGCCUAUGACAGAUACCACCGAGCAGGUCUACUUAACACAGUCGCAGUUUACAUGGUUCGCUUCUCUUAAUUUAUUGGCGGCCCCCUUAGGUGGAUUAUUGUCGGGAGUUCUAUUGGAUAAACUAGGACGCAAAUGUACCAUAUAUUGCUUAAAUAUUUUAGGUUUAACCUCUUGGAUUCUAUUAGCCGUAGCCAGUAAAGAAGAUAAUGAUAUUAUGUUUCUUCAAUUAAUGGCGUCAAGAUUUUUAGUUGGUGUUACUCAUGGCUUAUCCAGCGCACCGGUGGGCGUUUAUUCUGCAGAGAUUAGCACGCCUAAGAUACGAGGCCGUUUAAUUUUGGGAACCUCAAUCUCGGUAUCACUGGGUAUUACGGUGAUUUACGUCUUGGGCUAUUUCAUACGUACCGAUUGGCGCUUAAUAGGAUGGAUAUGCACCGGCUUCCAAGUGUUGGCAUUAAUGAGCGUUCUACCCAUGCCAGAGUCACCGAAUUGGCUGAUAUCGAAAGGCCGUUUGCAGGAGGCACGUAAAUCUUUAAACUACUUUAGAGGCUUGGAUAAGAAAGCGACUAUCACACAUCCCGAAGUAUUGGCCGAAUUCAAUGUAUUGCAGAAGAAUAUUCAUUUGGCAGAAGGUCAAAAAAUGCCUUCAUUUUGGAAGUCUUUACGUUUGCCGGAGGUUUACAAACCUCUCCUAAUACUAAUCGGAAUGUUCACCUUUCAGCAAUUAACCGGCAUUUUUGUUAUCAUAGUAUAUGCGGUACAAAUUUCCGUAGAAGCGGGAGUCACAAUGGACCCUUUUAUGUGUGCAGUUCUGAUUGGGUUAGCUCGUUUAAUAACCACUUGCCCCAUGGCGUAUUUGUUGGAAAAGUGGGGUCGCCGUCGUGCUGGUAUAAUCUCCGCCGCUGGCAUGACUGUUUGUAUGAUUUUGUUAGCGGCACAAAGCUAUCUUCGUGUUAUACCAUUUCUGCCUGUCAUUGCCAUAGUAUCGUUUAUCGUUUUAAGUACUUUAGGUAUAUUCACUUUACCCUUCUUCAUGAUAUCCGAGUUAUUCCCUCAACAUGUCAGGGGUCGUGCUUCGGGCCUGACAGUAGCUUUCGGUUUAUUGGCGGCAUUUUUCUGCACUAAAACCUAUCCCGGAAUGAAAGAUGCCAUUGGAAAUGAGUAUUGCUUUGUAGUAUACGGUGCAGUCUCAUUUGCGGCUAUGAUUUUUGUAUAUCUCGUAUUGCCGGAGACGAGACGCCGAACUCUCUUUGAAAUUGAAGAGCAGUUUAGAAUGAAAAAACCCCUUAAACCCACUCAAGUUGAAAUGCGUGAGAUUUGUAUAAAGUAAACGAAAUUAAUGGAAUGAUUUACGCAAGAAAUUAUAGUCGUUAGGGAAAUAAAGUUAGUGAAUUUAUUUUAUCUUAGACUGUGAUAAAUUUUACGAAUUAAAUAUUAAUAUUUAUCUUUAAAUUUCACAGAGUUCAAAUUGUGUAGAAUUAAAAGCUCAUUAUAUGAUUAUCUAAGAAUAAUAAAUCUAAUGGAAAUAAAGUUGUGUU